AGAAAGUCCCAUGUGGCAGAUGAAAAGAAGAGCAAGAAAGAGAAGAAGAAGAAGAAAGAAGAAGUAGAAGAAGUAGAAGAAGAAGAAGAAGAAGAAGAAGAAGAAGAUGAUGAUGAAAAAGAAAAAAGAAGAAGAAGAAGCUGGCAUUCAUUUCAGACGAAUUCUACUGAACUAGAUGGUACACCUCGUCCUUGUUGUAAAUGGAGGAAUUACAUGAUUUUUCUCUUAUUUGCUGCCUUUUUUAUAACAAUCAAUGCAAAAUCGUUGACAGUCAAAAAGUCCGAGUUAUUUGGUGGAUCGGACGGAAAGUCAAAAUCUAACAAUUUCACCAAAGGGUUCAAGACCGUUAAUUAUGAGGUGAUACCAACUGAUUAUUUAUGUGAUUUUUGUAAUGCAGUUAUUGUGAAGUUGAAAGAACGGCAAAAAGAAGAAGCAGAUUUCGAGAAGAACAUGCAAGAAGAAUGUUGGAAAUAUAAUCGAACAGAUCUGGAUGAUGGCAACGUCUGCGAACUUAUCAAUAAGGUGGCCUUACAGCGUCUGAAAAAUGAUGAUGCGGAAAAAAUUUGUAUUGAAGAGAAGAUGUGUCCUGACAUAGUGAAGGAGUUGAGGAAAAAAGAAGAAAAAGAACGGAGAGAAAAAGAAGAGGUGGUGAAACGGAAAAUGGAAGAGGAAGGCCGAAAAAUAAACGAAGAGAUUGAAAUGAUAAAAAGCGAGGGAGCUCGUCUAGAAUACGAAAAGAGACGCGAAGAGGAGGCGAGACGGAAAACAGAACGGGCUCGGAUCAGCCAAGUGCAGAAUGCCUACGGCGAAGACGAAUACGUCAUAGAUGAGGCAUUUACAGGUAAAGUGAGUAAGAAAUACAACUUCAGCGAUGCUGAGACAUUUGCGAAACUCCACGCCGCAGGUGUCUGCGAUGGAGAACGAACGCGUUAUUGUCCUUUCCAAAGAGUAACGCGUGCACCACCACACCAUGCGGCUCCUUCGUUUCCCCUGACUCUCGGCGAGUUCUAUCGAUCAGUGCCAUCAGCAUUCACCCUGUCAGCGGGAUUGAUCUGA